GUCCCUCAGAUCCCAUCUGCAAAGUCCCUUCGAGCCGUUUGGAGGGCUACGAGUCCCAGAUCAGGGACCUCCAGGAGCAAGUGGCCUCCAGGGACCAGCAGAUUGAAAGGCUGCUGCAGGCCAAUGUGGAGUUGAGGGAACGUCUGGACAAUGCUGAGAGGGCGAGGCAGUCCCCCGUUCCCGUUAGUAGAAAAGGAGACAUUAUAGACAUAAUUGCCAAACAUAAGACAGGCAUCUGGGUUGGCAUGGCCCAGGGAAAAGUUGGACAUUUCAAGUUCAUCAAUGCGCAGGAGAUCGAGGAAGAGAGAAAAGCCAAGCACAGACGUAGGAAGAUUCAAAACGACUGGAUCAACAACUCCAAGAAACCAGAAACUUUAGAUGAACUUUUAAAGCAGCUUGGUCUUGAAGAAUACACCAAUGUUUUGAUCCUCAAUGGCUAUGACGAACUAGAUACUUUUAAGGAAAUUGAAAAAGUGGAUUUAGAUAACCUAGGCAUAACAAAUCCAGAUCAUUCUUCUAAGCUAUUAAGAGCUGUAGAAAUGUUACAAGACGUAGAUGUUGAAGAUGAAAUUGAAGACGAUGAGAUGCAGGUAAAGCAAUCUCCUCGGGAUUCAGGCUGUUAUGCAAGUCACGAAAACUUGAUCCAUCGGGAUUCUUCUCAAAGAGCUUUAAGUAAUGGACAAUUUAUGGUAGACCUUGAGGAUCAGGACACUAGUCAUUCUGAGAGUGGUAUUCAUUCCAGGGAAGGACAGGAUUCGACAGUCAUGAUGAAUAACCUCGACUUCAGCGCGGAGUCAUCGACGAAGUCAACAGCAACAACAAUGGACGAUAUGACAACAGCAGUGGAUGUCAAAUACUGCACAGAUGACACGAAUGAUGUUAAAGACCUUAGCAAUUACAAUAUUCUUCCAAACCAAGACACUGCACCCGAGGAGCACGAAUCUAUUGAAUUUAACAGCAUUCCCUGCGUUGUUGAAACGUUGCGGAAGCAGGAUGAAGAUUUGACCAGUUCUUUAAAUGUUCCCUUCGUUUGGUCGUCAACGGGCACUAAGUCAUCUCCAGGAUCACCGAGGAAAAUUCGUAACAAGCACAGUAGGAAUAAAUCCAGUAAAGACUUGUUCUCUGAACUGAAUGCCUUCAGCUCAAGUUUCGCCAAAUAUCGUCACAUAUCAUCGGAAUCAUGCCAAGACAGAGGCACGUACGUGUAUGGUUGGGCAUCUUUCUCACGAACUGAAAAGAACACGAGAAGGAAUCUUUGUGAAUACGACGACGUCGUCAGCGAUCCUGCCACCGAAGCUGAGGAUUCUCCUGGGAGGCACGUGUACAGGAGGGUGAAGCAAAGGAAAGGCAGCUUGCAGGCGUUAAUUCAUGAUUCUCGCCCACCAUCGCCAACCCUCAUUAUGAAAGUGAACAAGAAGCUUGUUGCUGAGAAGGUUUAUCUUCAUGAAGAACCUUAUACAGAUAAGGUACAUUCAGACGGGGUGUCAUCGUCCUCCUCGGUGGACCCUCUCCUGGCACUCCGCACCUGGCGCCGGGACUCCAGCACCACCUCCUCCCCCGCCCCAUCCUCCCCGGCCUCCAGCAACGUCUCCCGCAGGAAGCGCCGCGUGCAGCGGCCGACGUCCCCCUCUCCGUCGCCACCACCACCACCACCACCGGAGGACGUCGACCAGGACGACACCGGGGCCCCGGACCACAUUGCCCGCCCUGUCGCCCGGCGUCCUGUUGCCGGGGGCGUUGGGGACGGGGGCGCCGUGACACUGCGUCCGCGUCAGUGCACGGUACCGCCGCCACUGCCGCAGUUCGCGCCGGUCUCCGACCGGCGAGUGAGGCGGCCGGUAGAGCGAUACCAGGCGCCCGCCGACUCGGUGCCACGCCGCCCUCGUCUGCCGCCCCCCAGCAGGCGUCCGCGUCAGCGGGCCGACGUCCGGGGGCUCCGGACCGUCCGGAGCAG